AGUCUCGACCAACCUUUCCCCCGGUGAGCACCCAGUGAGCGUGGGUCAGUCGCGCACAGUCGACCAAACAAACGGCCCCCAACUCUCUACGAAAAUGCUGAACCUGGUCAUCGUCGCCUGCGUCGCCCUGGCGGCCGUGUGCCCCGUGUCCGAGGCCCAGUACCGGCCGUCCUACUUCCCCCGGCCGGGCGGCUUCAGCCAGACGCUGCCGCAGUACGGCGGCGGCGGCGGCGACACCGACCUGGGCAACCGCGACAGCGCGCCGGGCGCCGCCGGGGCCGGGGCCGGGGCCGGGGCCGCAGUGGUGCCCGCCCCGGGCUCGGCCAACGCCGUGGAGGACACGCAGCUGGCCAACCGCGUCCAGGAGUGGCCGCAGGCCGUGCAGCCCUUCUGGUUCCUCAACCAGCAGGCCAUCGCCCAGCACGUCGGCGCGCGGCAGCCCUGCGUGGGCGCCGGCUGCCCAGGCGUCCUCGUCGGCCCCGCGCCCCAGGCAUCCUUCAUCGGCAGCGGCGUGCGCGGCAGCCGGGGCGGCAGCCGUUAGGGGGGCCGCUGCUGGCGGACACACCGUCGGUUCGACGCCCUCCUCACGAAGAAACGACUACAACAACGGCAAACACGGCGAUCUGUCUUACCGCAGCAUCUCUCACGGAUGCGGGUUCGACGGAUCGAGUGCCUUUCCACGGACUUCUGCUUGGAAUCAAUGAUCCGACGACGAGUGUACUCCUUUGGGAAGGAAGGGG